AUGUCUUCCCUGGAUAUCCCUGGAGUGUAUUACUCGGGAUCGCUCGCCAGUGUCCUGAUUCUCGUUCUGGAUCUCGUGGCGGUGGUUCAGGUCGUCAACUCAAACCGCCCCUUGUCCUCAAAGGUUCUCUGGUCUCUCCUCAUCUUUCUCUGUCCUGUGGUCGGCCUUAUCAUCUACUUUAUCCCGUAA